UGGCAGCCUCCUAGGAUCAACAUCUAUAAACCGUCAAACAAUGCAUUUUAGACGUUUUCUUGGUUAUGCAUUAAAAGAGCAAAGAAAUUUGAAAUGCUAUAAUUUCUUUCGUCAUUUUUCCACUGCUUCAACAAACUUUAGUUCAAAAGAGUCUUCGGCCUACGAUGUAAUUGUGGUUGGUGCAGGUCACAAUGGAUUGGUGUCUGCAGCAUAUUUAGCUAAAAGUGGUUUGCGUGUCUGUGUGCUGGAGAGACGUCAUGUCAUAGGAGGCGCUGCUGUCACAGAAGAAAUUGUGCCAGGUUUUAAAUUUUCCAGGGCAUCUUAUGUGUUAAGUUUACUGAGACCAAAGAUUGUAGAAGAUCUGGAAUUAAAGAAAUAUGGACUGAAAGUUUACCUACGAAAUCCUAGCUCUUAUACCCCAUUGUUGGGGAAAACAGGCAAAGGUUCCUCACUAACUCUCGGACCAGAUCAUGCAGAAACUUACCGACAGAUCGCACAAUUUUCUGAAAAAGAUGCAAAAAGUUUUGUUGAAUAUGAGAAGCAGCUUGAUGACAUUGUAACAGCCAUUGACCCGCUGUUGGAUUCUCCUCCCCCGUAUCUGCCAAGUUUGACCAGUGGAAAAAUAAGAGAAACAUUGAAAACAUUACCAGCUAUCAAAACUCUGCUGAAAUCCUUAAAGACAUUAGGAAAAGAUGGUGAUGCUUUUUAUGAAUUGAUGACAGCCCCCACAACAAAGAUUUUGAAUAGAUGGUUUGAGUCGGAGCCCCUAAAGGCCACACUGGCCACAGAUUCUGUUAUAGGAGCCAUGAUGUCCCCCGAAUCACAGGGCAGUGGAUAUGUCCUUCUUCAUCAUGUGAUGGGUAGUUUGGAGGGAAAGAAGGGAGCAUGGGGAUAUGUGGAGGGGGGCAUGGGGGCAGUGUCACAGGCCAUCUGUAACUGUGCAAUGGACCACGGAGCUGAUAUCUUCACAAGUAAGCCAGUGAAAGAAAUUCUUACAAAGAAUGAUGCCGUCCAAGGGGUCGUGUUAGCAGAUGGUAAAGAACUUCACUCCAAAGCAGUGAUAUCUAAUGCAAGUCCAAAGAUCACAUUUCUUGAUCUCAUUGAAAAGAACAAACUCCCCAAAGAUCUAGUGGACAGUGUGAGAGCUUUUGAUUUUACCUCCCCUGUAACCAAGAUCAAUGUUGCCUUGAGCAGACUACCAGAUUUUACGGCUGAUCCUAAUGUACAGAAGAACGAACCAAUGCCACAUCAUCAAUGUACUAUCCACCUUAACUGUGAACACACCCAGCUAAUCCAUGAUGCAUACCUGGAUGCUCAGUUAGGAAUGUACUCCAAAAAGCCUAUGAUUGAAAUGGUGAUUCCGUCCAGCAAGGACCCUACCUUAGCGCCCCCUGGAGCUCAUGUUUGCCUCAUGUUCACACAGUAUACACCCUAUCAUCUCAAGGGGGAAGGAUGGACAGAGCAGGAUAAAAAUGCUUAUGCUGAUAAUGUUUUUGAUAUUGUGGAGCAGUAUGCCCCUGGCUUUAAGGAGAGUGUUGUGGGAAGAGACAUACUGACCCCACCAGAUCUGGAGCAGGUGUUUGGAUUGACAGGUGGGAAUAUUUUCCAUGGUUCCAUGUCGCUAGACCAGCUGUUUAUGACCCGCCCCACAAGUCAGCUGAGUAAUUAUAGGACCCCCUUAAAAGGGUUGUAUCUUGGAGGGAGUGGAGCUCAUCCAGGUGGUGGUGUGAUGGGGUCUCCAGGAAGACUAGCAGCCCAAACUCUGCUAUCUGACUUCAAAAAACUAUAAUUUUCAAACACUUAACAGUGUUAGGAUGAGUGUUAGGAUGACUAGCAGCUAUCCAAGACUCUGUUAUCCAACUUCAAAAAAUAUCCCCAACAUUUCACAGUGUCGAGAUGACUACGGUAAAAGCCAAGAAUCUGCUAUCAGACUUCAAAAAAAUAUAAUCCUCAAUAACUUCACAAUGUCAGGACAACUAGCUGCCAAGACUGUGUUAUCCAUCUUCAAAAAAUUAUAAUCCCUAAAGUGGCCUAAACACUUCACAGUGUCAAAAGUAUUAAACUCACUUCUGAAUGAAUUUUAUCAUGUACUGUAUGUCACACGGUCCUCACACACAUAUAUAUAUAUUCUUUAAAUUCAAUGUAUUAUUGAUUCCAAUAUAAUACAUUGUAAUAGAAUUUGCAAUGUUCAUUUUUUACUCUGACUAAUCAACAGUUUGACUUCUGUUUCUUCAUUCUAGGAAUUUAA